AACCACGUGACCUUCCGCCCACACACACAGCUGGUUCAAUUAGAUGAGAGGAGGAAGAUGAGACGCACAGUUUCCCAACAAAAAAGGUGUAUAUAAAAGCUGUAAACCCAACAAUGUGUUCAAUUCCUGGACUCCCAACACCAGGAUCAGAAGUACCAUUUCUUAUCACAAGGGUGAACCUAAACCCAAAUUAUGGUCUAGUGGAAUUAUGGGUUGACAUGGUCAAUGGAAGGAAACAUAUUUAUGCACAGAUGAAGGAGGAAAUUCAGAGUCCACAGAGAAGGUUUAAUGGACUAGAAGGAAAAGUAGGGGACCUGUGUUUGGUUUGCAUCAGUGACACCUGGCACAGAGCUCGAAUUAUAUCGAUUCAAGCUGAAACUUACAAUAUUUAUCUGAUUGACCAGGGUCAGCCCCAUAUUACCACAAGUGAGGCUUUAGCAUGGGGCCAGAGUGACAGUUUUCUCCUCCCUCCUGAAAUUGAGUCAUGCAUUCUCGCAAAUGUCCUCUCUCUCCAGAAUGAGUGGCCUGAAAAAGCCACAGAGCUUUUGAUGUCUCUGCCCGGGAAGAUGUUUAAGGGACUGGUUCAACACGUCCUGAUGCCAGACAGGAUAAUUCUCCUUGAUGUGUUGUGUAUUUCCAACCACAUGUGUAAGCUUGAAGUUGCAAAGAAGAUCAAAUUGGAUGAAUUUAAAAUAAUUGUACAAAGAUGUCUGCUGGGAGUCAAAGAAGGAGUCUCAUCAGUAACUUCCUGUUUAACACAGGAACAGAACCUGGAUGCUGGUUGCAAACUUGCCAAACAUGACCAAUACCUUUACCCUGAAUUGUUAACUGACACUUUUGAGCUAGUGACAGUGACAGAGGUAAUUGAUCCGCAGAAUAUUUUUUGCAAGCUGCUCAUUUUUUCUAAAGCAGUGAAGCUGUUGUCCGAACAGAUCCAUCAGUAUUAUGAAGACAUCUCAGAUUUAGAUGAGGCACAGCCUCUGAGCUGCGGGGAUCCAUGUGCUGCCAGAGGCCUUGAUGGCAGAUGGCAUCGCUCUUUACUGAAGCAAAACAUCGUGACUAGUGAUUGUACCGUGGAGGUUUUUCAUGUGGAUGAAGGAAAAGCUGAACUGGUUAAUGUUCACAACAUCAGACCACUGCUUGGAAAAUUCCUCAGAAUGCCAGUAGUCACAUAUCUCUGUUCUCUGAAUGGAAUAAAAGAAACCAGAGACUGGACUGCAGAUGAGACUGACUCUCUGAAAUCCCUGCUCCUUCACCAGACAUUAGCUGCAAAAUUCGCCCAUGGCAAUAAACCUCAAGAAGCCUAUUAUGUCACACUCUAUGCUGAUAAUGCUGCAUGCAUUAACAAAAUAUUUCUAGACAGGGCAGGCCUUACUGAAUCCUCAAAUCCUGAAUGGGAUUUAAAUGUCCAGAGUGACACCUCAUCUCCCAUUUCAGCUGGAGACAAACUAUUCCUGGAUGUACAUUAUGAAAUCAAUAAUACCGAUGGGUUACCAGAGGAAAGCACAAGAAGCCAAGUGGUAAAUGGAUGUACAGGUGACGCAUCCACAUCCAGUAUGAAUGAUAUUGAUGUUAAACAAGGCUGUAAAGUUUAUGACCCUCCUCAAUGUAAUGGCCAUCUUUCCACAGUUUUUUCCUCUGAGCUACAGAAUGCAUAUGACGACGAUGUGUUCGCUGUAGGAAAAAGUGUCAGUGUUAAAGUGUCUUGCAUUGAAAGCCCACAAAGGUUCUGGUGUCAAACAACAGAAAGUGGUCAUUCUCUUAGACGUCUCAUGGAGGACCUGCAAAUCCACUAUGCCUCUGCCGAUCCGCAUCCACUCAUAGAAUCCAUCUGUGCCGCCCGUAAUCCAAACAAUGACAUUUGGUACAGAGCAAAAAUCAUUGCAAGCCAAGACUCCCCUACUGUAGAUGUCAGAUUUAUAGAUUAUGGUCAAACUCAAAAGGUUCCUCUGCAAAAUCUGCGCCCUAUUGAUCCGGUUUUCCUACAACUGAAAGCACAAGCAUUUAAGUGCAGCUUGUUCAGUCAGAAAAAUCCCACACCUGCCAGUUGGAGUGAUGCUGCAUUAGCAGAAUUCCAUAAGUUUGUAGACUUGGGUUCAUCAGGUGCUGGGUUGAAAUGCUUCAUAAAAGCAGCAACAUCCGACGAAGAUGGUCUACUACUUAAUGUGGUGGAUCUUCAAUCAGCAUCUGAAAGCGCCUCCAAGCUUCUGGCUCAGAAAUGUGCACAAUCUGAAGCUCAGAAGGUCUCAUCAGAUGCCUACAUCCACUCCACACACAAUAUUGAGGUGGGUGGGAAAGAAAAGGUGUUUGUAACCUCUUCAGAGACUGUCGGUCACUUCUACUGCCAGCUGUACAGAAAUUCUCAUGUGUUUGAUAAAAUGAUGAAAAAUGUUGCAAGACUACUUGACCAACCUCAGAGUUCAGAUCACCCACUUGGACUUAACAGUGUUUGCUUGGCUAGGUACACUGAUAAUCAGUGGUACAGAGGUCAAGUAGUUCAGAUGUCCCCAAAACUCAAAGUGUACUUUGUGGACUAUGGAGACACCCUUGCUGUGUGUGAAACUGAUAUACGAGCCCUUCCCUCUGACGAAAGCAGCAUCAGAUCUGUUCCUGUGCAGGCUAUUCCCCUAAGAUUGUUUAACGUCCCUGCAGAAUUGCCACAGGAAGUCGAUAGGUGGUUUGCAAAUCAUGCUGUUGGCCAUAAUUUUACCAUUUCAGUUGUAGCAAAAGAGGAAAAAGGGAAGCUAACUGUCAAACUGUUUGAUGGAUCUCUUAAUGUUAACAUGUUAGUCAGAGAGAAAGUGGCAAAAAUGAAACUACAGAUGACUCAGCAGAAAGACCCGCAGCACUCAAACAGCUUGGAAAGAGUUGCUCUGACAAAUGAAGACUGUUCAAUAAAGGAGCUUGUGAAAAGGACAACAGAACAGAGUGAGGUCCACAGCAGUAAUGGGAUGUGCACAACUUAUAAUGCGUCUCCAACAGCAACGGAACGUGCCAUGAUAUUGAAUGGAGACAGCAAACCAAACCAGAGCUCUUUUUCUGCAGAACACUUAAGUAAUGGUGUGGUGCAAACAGAGAAAUUACAUCAAGCAAUUCCACCUGAGGCCAAGAAAACUCACCUUGAUGCAUCAAAAAAGAAUUUAAGUCCUGGCAUACGCAGGGACUCUAAAACUGCCAAAGGUGGAGUACAGAUGGUGUAUGCAUCUUCUAUUGCAGAACCACAUUUCUUCUGGUGUCAGUUUGCCAACACAGAGGACCUACAGCAGCUGUCCCAGCUUGCUCAAGAGGCAGGACGGCCACAGCAGGACAGCAGCUUCCCAGAGACUCUCGAACCUGGCAGUCCAUGUCUUGCUCUGUUUUCCACUGACAACCAGUGGUACAGAGCUCAAAUACUUCAGAAAGCUGACAGAACUCUCCACGUCCUGUUUAUUGAUUAUGGAAAUGAGUCUGAGGUUGACAUCAUGAAUGUGAGACCUCUGCCUCAGAAUCUGCUGGAGGUCCCACCCCAGGCCUUUUUGUGCAGUUUGAAUGGAUUUGAUGCAUCAAAUGGCUCCUGGGAUGACGAAGUUUACGAUGUCUUUUACAGUCUUCUGAUUGAUAAACCACUGAAACUGACAGUGUUCGAUGUGCAGGAUCAUUCUGAGAUUGGAGUUCCUCAGUAUUCUGUGGAAAUUGAUUAUGAGGGAGAAAGUGUAAAUGCAUCAUUGCAGACAUACUGGAAACCAGUUAUAAAGGAAAGUGUUAAGACCACAAACCCUCAAACAGAAACUUCACUCCAGAGUGAUCAAACUGAAUCUGACAAACAUCUAUGUGUUCCAAAAAGAAAUGCAAGAAGCUGCAUGUUCAAGCAGCCAGUUAUAUCAAGAAAUAAGCCAGAGAUGGUGUAUGCAUCUUCUGUUGCAGAACCACAUUUCUUCUGGUGUCAGUUUGCCAACACAGAGGACCUACAGCAGCUGUCCCAGCUUGCUCAAGGGGCAGGACGGCCACAGCAGGACAGCAGCUUCCCAGAGACUCUCGAACCUGGCAGUCCAUGUCUCGCUCUGUUUUCUACUGACAAUCAGUGGUACAGAGCUCAAAUACUUCAGAAAGCUGACAGAACUCUCCACGUCCUGUUUAUUGAUUAUGGAAAUGAGUCUGAGGUUGACAUCAUGAAUGUGAGACCUCUGCCUCAGAAUCUGCUGGAGGUCCCACCCCAGGCCUUUUUGUGCCAUCUGAAUGGAUUCAACAGGUCUAAGGGCUCCUGGGAUGAGAAGGUUUAUGAUGACUUCUAUAACUUACUGGUUGAUAAACUCCUUAGACUGACAGUGCUUGAUGUGGGGGAGCACCCAGACAUCUUCGUUCCUCAGUAUGCAGUUGAAAUGGAGUGUGAAGGAGUAGUUGUAAAUACAAUGAUGGAGAAAUACUGGAAAACAGAUGACAUGGAUGCUAGCUUGGCUGAAAGUUUGGAGUAAGACCAGGAUAAAGCUGGGACCGUGGAUGGGAGGUUUAAACGGCUCCAAACCCACAUGAAUGCUUCUGGGGCAACAAAGCUGUGAUUGAUCACAUCUCUGACUUGGUGAUCCACCAGUUGUUUCUUGCCUCUUCUUCUUGCCUUCUUGCGUUUUUAAAUAUUGCUAAAUGAAAUAAAACCAGUGAUCAAAUAAAUUUGAGACUAUAAAUACUUGCA